AUGUAUGAGCUAUCGUCAAAUGUUAAGCACAGUUUGCACUGUAUUUUAGUGUUGUUAACAAUCAUUGGCUAUGAGUUGUCGUAUUAUAAAAAUCCUAAUAUUACUGACAAAUCGGUCAGUAAUUUGUUUGCCGAUUAUGACCACUGGACAGCAUUGGCUAUAUUUAUCUAUAAUUUAUUAGAUAUAGUUAUAUCAGUGCCAAACACUUUUUUAAACAUUUUUGGUUUAGUUUUGUACAAUGCUUUCCGAUCAGAGAUUAAGAUUAAAGCGUUGAAAAAUAUUCAGAAAAACAUACCAUUUCUAUGCAUACGUGUUGUCACGCGUGGAGAUUAUCCACAAUUGGUCCGCAAGAAUGUCGAUCGCAAUAUGAAAACAUGUUUAUCGUCAGGUCUUAGAGAUUUUAUUAUCGAAGUGGUCAAUGAUCGGACCAUUGGUCUCAAAACGAGUACAAAAAUACGUGAAUUGGUUGUACCCGACGGCUACCGAACAAAAAGCGGCGCUCUUUUUAAGACCAGAGCUUUGCAAUAUUGUUAG